UUCGCCGCCUUCGAGAGGUUAAAGUAUAAUUGGCCGCGACAACAAAACUGUCGAUUGCCCUUAUAAAUACCGUGAGUUUCGCAUAUCAGUCACCAUAAAGAGUUUAAUUAUAACCGACGAAAGAAUCAAAAUUUUAAACUAUGGGCAAAGUUAUUCUGUUCCUUCUAUCGCUUUGUGUCUCAUCGGCUUUGGCGAGUCGAUGCUCCAAUCUCGGUCUGUACACGUUGCCGGACUCACACUCGUGCACCAAAUACUACAUCUGUUUGCACGGACAAGAGCUGGCGAAUGAAUGCGCCGAAGGAUUAUUCUUCGACCCCACGACCGGAAACUGUAAUUUAGAAUCGAAUACUAUGUGCCUUUUGGAAGCGUGUCCGGUUGAUAAUGUUGGAUCGCUGAGCCUUGUACCAAGCUACGAGAAUUGUUCAAACUACUAUGCUUGCAUUCGAGGAGUUGCUACUAGAAUGGUCUGUUCCGAAGGAUUAUUGUAUAACCCAGCUAAAAAAGCUUGUGACUUUGCCGAACGUGUUACUUGUGCCCUCCCAAUCAGCAAGCAAACUUAUACAAUGGCUGACUGUCCCUUAACUGGUGUGGCAAAAUUGCCGCAUGACGAAGAUUGCAGCAAAUUUUACGUUUGCAUCAAUGGACGUUCUUCGGAGUAUAGUUGUUCCAAUGGAUUGCUCUAUAAUCCCAAAAAUAAACGCUGCGAUCGUCCAGAAAGAACUAAAUGCUUCACUGCAUAAUCAAGUUGUUUGCUGUGGAACAUUUGAAAUUCACUUAAUAAAAAACCGAUUUUAGAAUUUGUGACAGACAAAAA